AAAAUCUUCAUCGGCGGACUCUCGUACGAGACGACCGACGAGAAACUCCGGUCGUACUUCGGUGCGUACGGCACAGUCACGGACGCCGUGGUGAUGAAGGACCCGAUUUCUAGACGAUCACGAGGCUUCGGAUUUAUUACGUAUGCGGACCCUGCGUGUGUUGAUAGAGCGUUGGCACAGCCCAACCACAUCCUAGACAGCCGUAG